GAGAGAGUAGGGAUGUUGCUGCUCAACAGUCAAUGCACCCAUACAGUGCCGUUAUCGUAUUGGUGAUUUCCAGCAGCGUGGCUCUCUGCGCGCAAUGAGCAAUCAGCAUAGUAAAUUCUCUCUCUCUCUCUAAAAAAUUCUACAAAUUCUGGGGAGAGCUGUUGGAGCCCUAGCAAGGUUUCAUUCAUGGCGGUUACGGGAGCUUUAUUCAUUCAUUGAACGGUUGAUUGGUGCUGGGGGAUCCCAAGAAAAAAUUUCUUUACAUAUUUCUAAAUUUUGAGAGGGAAAACAAGAGCCAAAAGAAGUUGGGGAGCAUAGGCGAUACUGAGAUAUCAAGGAGCCAAAGAUACAAAUUAAGGAUUGAUGGUUUUUUUGUCUCUAUGAGGAUAAAGUUAAGACGGAUUUACAGUCUGAAUAAGAACAUUCAAAAUUCAGCGACCAGGUUCAGGGGGUGACUUGCCCAAAGUUGGCGAGUUCAACCCUUUCCCAGUAGCUCGGAGGGCAAAUUCCUCCCAUGCUAUGAUGGAUGAUGACAUUGAGAGUGGUGCUUUGGGGCCGCCUUACCAAGAUAGGCCAAGGACGUUCCCCAACAUGCGCAGUAAGCCUUAUACCCCAUUGAUUUUUCGAAUUCUGAUGGGGAUAAAUGUUCGUGUUCUUCUUAUACUUCUCCUCUUGGGCCUUGGAGUUGUCUUUUAUAUUGGAGCAAGAACAUCUCCAAUUAUUGUGUUUGUCUUCUCAAUUUGCAUUUUCAGCUUCCUUCUAUCUAUAUAUCUUACUAAAUGGGUGCUGUCAAAGGAUGAGGGACCUCCUGAGAUGGUCCAGAUAUCAGAUGCUAUACGCGAUGGAGCUGAAGGUUUCUUUAGGACCCAGUAUGGGACGAUAUCCAAGAUGGCUCUUUUGCUGGCAUUAAUUAUCCUAAGCAUAUACUUGUUUCGUAAUACAACUCCUCAACAAGAAUCUUCUGGCCUCGGAAGGUCGACAUCUGCAUACAUUACUGUUGCUGCUUUUCUUUUGGGGGCCUUAUGCUCUGGUAUUGCUGGAUAUGUUGGGAUGUGGGUGUCAGUGCGUGCAAAUGUUCGAGUAUCUAGUGCUGCAAGACGAUCUGCAAGAGAGGCAUUGCAGGUGGCUGUUCGUGCUGGUGGUUUCUCAGCCAUUGUUGUUGUUGGCUUGGCUGUGUUUGGUGUUGCAGUCCUUUAUGCCACAUUUUAUGUUUGGUUGGGGGUUGAUUCACAAGGUUCCAUGAAGGUUACUGAUUUGCCUCUUCUUCUUGUGGGAUAUGGCUUUGGAGCUUCAUUUGUUGCCCUUUUUGCUCAGUUGGGUGGUGGAAUAUACACAAAAGCAGCCGAUGUUGGAGCUGACCUUGUGGGAAAAGUAGAGCAGGGAAUACCCGAGGAUGAUCCUCGGAAUCCUGCUGUUAUUGCAGAUUUGGUUGGGGACAAUGUGGGUGAUUGUGCGGCUCGAGGAGCUGAUCUAUUUGAAAGUAUUGCAGCUGAAAUUAUCAGUGCUAUGAUACUUGGGGGAACGAUGGCGCAACGUUGCAAAAUUGAAGAUCCAUCCGGCUUCAUACUGUUUCCUCUUGUUGUCCAUUCUUUUGAUCUCCUUAUAUCAUCAGUUGGAAUAUUUUCAAUAAGGGGCGUCCGAGAUUCUGGAAUGAAGGCUAUAGAGGAUCCAAUGGCAAUUCUUCAGAAAGGAUAUUCUAUCACAAUAGUUUUAGCUGUUCUGACAUUUGGUGUGUCUACCCGAUGGAUGCUUUAUACAGAACAAGCACCUUCUGCUUGGUUGAACUUUGCCUUGUGUGGGUUGGUUGGAAUCAUGACAGCCUAUGCUUUUGUCUGGAUCACCAAGUACUAUACUGACUACAAGCAUGAGCCUGUAAGAUCAUUAGCUCUUUCUAGCUCCACAGGGCAUGGCACUAACAUAAUUGCAGGCAUCAGUCUGGGUCUGGAGUCAACUGCUCUUCCUGUUCUUGUCAUUAGUAUAUCAAUUGUUUUGGCCUUUUGGCUGGGUCACACCUCAGGACUGGUGGAUGAGGCUGGAGAUCCAACUGGUGGGCUGUUUGGGACAGCUGUAGCAACAAUGGGAAUGCUGAGCACUGCUGCCUAUGUUCUCACAAUGGAUAUGUUUGGUCCAAUUGCUGAUAAUGCUGGUGGGAUUGUGGAGAUGAGUCAGCAGCCUGAAAGUGUUCGGGAAAUCACUGAUGUUCUUGAUGCGGUUGGAAACACUACAAAGGCAACUACAAAAGGAUUUGCUAUUGGAUCGGCCGCACUUGCAUCUUUUCUUCUCUUUAGUGCUUAUAUGGAUGAGGUAGCGGCAUUCGCUAGUGUGCCUUUCAAGCAGGUUGAUAUUGCCAUUCCAGAAGUUUUUGUUGGUGGAUUGUUGGGAUCCAUGCUUAUUUUCUUAUUUAGCGCAUGGGCCUGUUCUGCCGUUGGUCGAACUGCCCAAGAGGUUGUUAAUGAAGUAAGAAGACAGUUUAUUGAGAGGCCAGGUAUCAUGGACUAUAAAGAGAAACCUGACUAUGGUCGCUGCGUUGCCAUUGUAGCGUCUGCAUCUUUGCGGGAGAUGAUAAAACCUGGUGCUUUGGCUAUUGUAUCACCUAUAGUUGUUGGUUUUGUGUUCCGUAUACUGGGACAUUAUACUGGGCAUCCUCUAUUGGGGGCUAAAGUUGUGGCUGCCAUGCUGAUGUUUGCAACAGUUUCUGGAAUUCUUAUGGCCCUUUUCCUGAACACAGCUGGUGGUGCCUGGGACAAUGCAAAGAAGUUCAUUGAGACAGGCGCUCUUGGGGGCAAAGGAAGUGAUUGCCAUAAAGCUGCAGUCACUGGUGAUACUGUGGGAGACCCAUUUAAGGACACAGCUGGGCCUUCCCUUCAUGUCCUCAUAAAAAUGCUCGCAACGAUAACGCUCGUUAUGGCUCCCAUAUUCUUAUGAGAGUUGUAUGUACCAUUUGAGGCAUGUCCAGCGGCAUACGGAUACCCAUCUGCACAAAUCUUUCAAUAUGUUGCCAUAUAUAUAGAGAGAUCAGUUUGAUGCAAUAUGUGGGUGCCCGACUUAUAAGCCUGUACUGAAUUUUCAAUUUUCAUAAGAUGGUCUUAAAUGAGUUAUGAUUUUUAUGUAGAAAUGGUUAAAAGUUUUGUAUUGUUGCAUGUGCAUACAAUAAACAGUUCUUUUCUUCUAUAAAACAUGACAAUUUUGAUUA